CAUACUUCCAGCCUCUCAGCUUCAUUUCCCUCCCACGAACACGAAGGAUGCGUGCGUCUUUUUCGUAUCCUUCCUCCGUACUGUCAUUAUUCAAAGUUCUUGCUUCCACAGCACACUGAGAUCGUCUCCUUUCUGAAACUGGCGUCUUACUCAACCAAGGACCGACGGCAUUGCGUGGACUCUCCAUUCUGAUCUUUCUUCCAACGGAUUAAGCUGGUGGAAUCGUCCGCAGGAACUUGCCUAGGGUUUAAUUUUCAAGACCCUGCAACUAAUGGGGACAUCAGGCACAAAGGACGAUAUAGAGAUGAAUAGUGAGGGGGAAGACUUAUCACCUGGAACGGAUAUGGAUACAGAUGAUGAUGAUUAUUAUUCUGAGCCAGUCAACAUACGUGACCUGGGGGAAGCAUUUCUAAAGGAUUUUUGUAAGAAGUCAUCAAUGGCUUUUUUUAAUCAGUACGGCCUUAUCAGUCACCAAAUCAACUCGUACAAUGAUUUCAUAAAAAGUGGUAUUCAGAAGGCAUUUGAUUAUUUUGGUGAAAUUUUAGUUCAGCCAGGAUAUGACCCCUCUAAGAAAGGAGAUGGGGAAUGGAGAUAUGCUUCAGUGAAGUUUGGUAAGGUAACCCUUGAUAAGCCAAAGUUCUGGGGUGGUGCAGCAAGUGGAAAAGAGUAUAACAUGCUUCCUAGGCAUGCUCGACUUCAGAACAUGACUUAUUCAUCAAGGAUGAAAAUAAAUAUCAGUUUAGAGGUAUAUACUCAAAGGUUAGUCAGCAGCGACAAAUUUAAAACUGGAAAAGAUAAAUAUGUCGACAAGGAACAUGUAAAGGAAGACAACAGAGAUGUCUUUAUAGGCAGGCUACCUGUGAUGGUUAAUUCUGACCUCUGCUGGAUGAAGGAGGAGCAGAAACGUGAUUGUGAAUUUGAUCAUGGAGGUUAUUUUUUAAUCAAAGGUGCAGAAAAAAUAUUUAUUGCUCAAGAGCAAAUUUGUUUGAGAAGACUCUGGAUUUCUAAUAUUCAAGGCUGGACUGUGGCAUACAGAUCAGAAGUUAAGAGAAAUAGACUAAUUAUCAGACUAGUUGAAAAUUCCAAGUCUGAAGAACUAAAAAGCAAGGAGAAAGUCCUCAAUGUAUAUUUUUUGUCCACAGAAGUUCCUGUGUGGAUUUUAUUCUUUGCACUUGGUGUUUCAUCGGACAAAGAAAUAGUAGAUUUAAUCGAUUAUGGCAGAGAUGAUCCAAGUGUUCUGAAUAUUCUCUUUGCCUCUGUUCGUGAAGUUGAUAAUGAUGAUAAGUGGAAAGACUUUCGAAGAGGUAAAAGAGCGCUGAAUUUUUUGGACAAUGAGGUUAGAAAGACCAGUUUCCCACCUGCUGAAAAAAUUGAAGAUUGCCUGAACCUGUAUCUUUUUGCCAGCUUGAAAGGCUUAAAGCAGAAGUGUCGUUUCCUUGGUUAUAUGGUUAAAUGUCUCUUGCAAGCCUAUACUGGCCGUAGGAAAUGCGAUAAUAGGGAUGAUUUUCGCAAUAAGAGGUUUGAGUUGGCUGGAGAACUGCUCGAAAGAGAGAUUAAAGUACAUAUUGCACAUGCACGUAGACGCAUGGAAAAAGCUUUACAAAGGGACCUCUAUGGGGAUCGUGAUGUGCGUCCAAUAGAACACUAUUUGGAUGCUUCCAUAAUCACUAAUGGUCUAUCCCGAGCAUUCUCUACUGGAGCAUGGGCACAUUCGUUUAAGAGGAUGGAAAGGAUUUCUGGUGUGGUGGCAACUCUUGGUCGUGCUAAUCCCUUGCAGACGAUGGCUGAAUUGAGGAGAACACGUCAACAGGUUGCAUACACUGGGAAAGUUGGUGAUGCAAGAUACCCGCAUCCUUCUCACUGGGGAAGAGUUUGCUUCAUCUCCACUCCGGAUGGUGAAAAUUGUGGGCUUAUUAAAAAUUUGUCCGUCACAGGACUUGUAAGCUUAAACACAUUGAAGCCGAUAGUUCCCACAUUGUUUCGCUGUGGAAUGGAGAAUUUGGUGGAUGAUACAUCUACUUCUCUUAGUGGAAAGUACAAAAUUUUUCUCGACGGGGAAUGGGUUGGAGUUUGUGAAGAUUCCCUUUCAUUUGUAACGAAAGUGAGACGCAAGCGACGAAGGAAUCCGUUAUUGCAUCAGGUAGAAGUCAAAAGAGACGAACAACUGAAAGAAGUACGUAUAUUUUCUGACGCUGGAAGGAUAUUACGUCCUCUCUUAGUCGUAGAGAACUUAAAUAGGAUUGAUAAGUCUAAGGGAGAAAACUAUACUUUUCAAUCCCUUUUGGACAGGGGAAUUAUUGAACUUAUUGGAACUGAAGAAGAAGAAGACUGUCGUACAGCUUGGAGCAUUAAGCAUCUUAUGGAAGAUGAAGGGACUACGAAAUAUUCCCAUUGUGAACUUGAUAUGUCAUUUUUAUUAGGUUUAAGCUGCGGACUUGUCCCGUUUGCAAAUCAUGACCAUGCUAGGAGGGCUCUGUUUCAAUCCCAGAAGCACUCUAAUCAAGCUAUUGGAUUUUCAACAACCAAUUCUAAUUUUCGUGUUGAUACUUUAUCCCACCAGUUACACUAUCCACAAAGGCCACUUUUUCGUACAAUGACUGCUGAUUGCCUUGGAACACCUGGAUACCUGUCAUCUCACACCGGUAUACUACCAAAACCAGAGUUCUACAAUGGUCAGAAUGCUAUUGUGGCAGUCAAUGUUCACCUGGGUUACAACCAAGAAGAUUCAUUAGUAAUGAACAGGGCCUCUCUUGAGCGUGGCAUGUUUCGGUCUGAGCAUAUCCGGAGUUACAAGGCUGAGGUAGAUAAUAAAGAAUCUUCAGAGAAGAGGAGAAAAUCUGACGAUGCAAUAAAUUUUGGAAAGACUCAAAGUAAAAUUGGAAGAGUUGACAGCUUGGACGAAGAUGGCUUCCCUUACAUCGGUGCAAAUUUGCAGAGUGGAGACAUUGUCAUUGGUAGGUGUGCGGAAUCUGGGGCUGAUCACAGUAUUAAACUGAAGCACACUGAGAAGGGAAUGGUUCAGAAAGUUGUUCUCUCUUCUAAUGACGACGGGAAGAAUUAUGCUGUUGUAUCCCUCAGACAGGUUCGAUCUCCUUGUCUUGGAGACAAGUUUUCAAGUAUGCAUGGACAAAAGGGAGUUCUGGGGUUUUUGGAGUCUCAAGAGAAUUUCCCCUUCACAAUCCAGGGGAUAGUUCCAGAUAUUGUUAUAAAUCCACAUGCUUUUCCUUCGCGACAGACUCCUGGUCAAUUAUUGGAAGCGGCACUUGGGAAAGGGAUUGCUUCUGGCGGUUCUCUGAAAUAUGCAACGCCUUUCUCAACUCCUUCUGUUGAUGCCAUUACAGAACAGCUUCACAGGGCAGGGUUUUCAAGAUGGGGAAGCGAGAGGGUGUACAAUGGCCGAACUGGUGAAAUGAUGCAAUCACUCAUAUUCAUGGGUCCAACAUUCUACCAGCGCUUAAUCCACAUGGCUGAAGACAAGGUUAAAUUUCGCAACACUGGCCCUGUCCACCCUCUCACACGACAACCUGUUGCUGACCGAAAGCGUUUUGGCGGGAUCAAGUUCGGGGAGAUGGAACGUGAUUGUCUUAUAGCUCAUGGUGCCUCGGCCAACUUGCACGAACGUCUAUUUACCCUCAGUGACUCUUCCCAGAUGCAUGUUUGCCAGAAAUGCAAGAAUGUUGCUAGUGUGAUUCAACGAUCGGUGGCUGGUGGUCGUAAGAUAAGGGGUCCAUAUUGUCGGGUUUGUGAGUCAGUUGACGAUAUCGUGAGGGUAAAUGUACCCUAUGGAGCGAAGCUAUUGUGCCAGGAGCUCUUCAGCAUGGGCAUCAAUCUCAAGUUCGAAACACAACUGUGUUGAUCAUGAUUGCCGGAGGGAAUAAUUGGCUUCCUUUUCCUUAAUCUCUUGACCAACUCCGAAGUUGUUUUUUUGUAAUUUUGAAAGGGAAAUAUUCUCACGACAGAUGUUAAUUGGUCUCUCUUGGUAGGAAGCUAAUGCGUUGGUAACGUAUUUCUUUUGUUUGUUUGUUUUUUUUCCUGCUAUUUAAUUUUAGAAUUUGUGGCCGCUGAACUGAAUGGUAAUAUAAUAUUAUAUAA